AUGAAGAAGAGUGCCAAUGCUGAGUAUGACUUCUUGGAUUUCUGGGAAGCCAACCAAAAGUUCUUUGCUAUGAAGCAAGGAACAACAGAAAACUUGAUGCAUUUCAAGGAACGAUUCUUGAGACAGGCUGAAGUCCUGCAAGAUCUAUAUGGCAUUUUCUGGUUCCAAAAUUUUGUAUUGCUAGCACCGAUACUGCUGCGAAAGAUAAGUUCAAGGACGAUAUCUUUGAAGCAGUUCUUGCAACAGGAUUCCUGUGCAACUGUGAUCGAACGAGAACAGCUCCUCUGA